AUUAAUUAUAAAUCUUUAAACGAAAUAAUAAAAGUUCAAAUGAAAAAUAUUAUUGAGAAGAAAUAAUGAAUAAUAUACGAAGAAGAAAAUUUAAAGUGCGGAUAACGGAAAUUAACUCCACAAAAAACUAAAAUUUCACACUAUUCUUCAAUCUUUAAACAAAAUUUCAAUUUUUCAUUAUUUUUAAUUACAUUUUACUGUGUUUAUAGUAAUUUAUUAUGCUAAUAAUUUUUAAACAUUUGUACAGUUAUGUUGUUAUUUUUUAAUUUAUACUCUUCCUAUGAGGAAUUAAAUAAUCUAUUCAUCCCUCUGUAGAUAAGUUUAACAAUGAACAAGGAACGCGAGGUACUCAACUCAGUAAAGUUCUCAAACACAACAGCUCCUGAGAUUAUUCCAGAAUCCAAACUAUUUCCUAACAAAGAAUCGCAAAAUUCAGGAAUCUCAUCUAAAAAUUCAUUAGAAACUUCAUUUAGAGAGAGAAACUCGAGGCUUUUAUCGGUGGAAGAUUUAUUACACAAGAGAAAUGACGUAAAUUCUAUUCCUAAGUUAACUUACAUCUCCAAGGCUCAAAGACUUAAGAAUUUAGAGGAAUCUAAAAAACGGGAACAACUUGAAGCUAUUCAAAAUCAAGAACGCCUUAAAAGGAAACGAAAAGAACUUUUAGAACAAUCCGAGCGCCAGAAAGAGCAUGAGCGUCGUGAGUUACAGAAGAUGAAGGAGGUUGAGAGGCGGAAUGAGGAGCGUGAGAGGAGGGAGAGAGAGGAGUUGGAGCGGAAGGAGCGAUCCCAAAUGCCAGUUAAUAGUGAUUUAGCUCACUUGAAUUUGUUAAAAUUACCAGAAUCUGAAGUAAGGGAAGAGUUAAUAGAGAAGGAGCUGGAGCAAAUAAGGCUUCACUACUUAGGCCUGAAUAAGGAGAAGAAGAAGGUCCUAAAGCCUUCGGAGAAGUUUAAGACUAUUUUCAACUUCGAGUGGGACGAGUCUGAGGAUACUACAAAGUUUGAAAAUAAUCCAAUUUACCAGGACAGACCAGAACCUCAACUACUCUUUGGACGCGGUUUCAGAGCCGGAAUUGAUGUCAGAGAACAAAGAAAGAAGAAUAACUUCUACGACGAACUCUCGAGAAAAAGAGCCGAACUUCCUCAAACCACUCCAAAACCACCCGAACCCACCCCUAAACACGAAGAGGAAUCGGAGGUAUUGAGUAAUCAUUGGACGAAGAAGAAGCUGAGUGAGAUGACGGAGCGUGACUGGCGUAUAUUCCGUGAAGAUUUUGAGAUUUAUAUUAAGGGCGGGAGAGUACCUCCACCCAUCCGGACUUGGGCCGAAUCGCCACUACCCUGGGAACUCCUAGAAGCCAUCAAAAAGGCUGGAUAUAUUAAGCCUACGCCGAUACAGAUGCAGGCGAUACCAAUAGCACUUGAGAUGCGGGACCUGAUUGGAAUCGCAGUGACGGGUUCUGGGAAAACUGCCGCAUUUGUCUUACCUAUGCUCACUUAUGUUAAGAAGUUACCGCCACUAGAUGAUGAAACUUCUCUUGAUGGGCCUUACGCACUUGUUCUAGCUCCUUCCAGGGAGUUGGCACUUCAGAUAUAUGAUGAGACUGUUAAAUUUUCGGCGUUUUGUAGUUGUAGAUCAGUUGCCGUAGUUGGUGGUAGAAACGCCGAAACUCAAGCAUUCGAACUACGUAAAGGAUGUGAGAUAAUAAUUGGUACUCCGGGUCGUGUGAAGGAUUGUUUGGAUCGUGCCUAUACGGUGUUAUCGCAGUGUAAUUAUGUAAUUCUUGAUGAGGCUGAUCGAAUGAUUGACAUGGGCUUUGAAGAUGUUCUCAAGUAUAUUCUCGACUGUAUCCCCUCCACUAAUCUUAAAGACCGAGAUGAAUCCAGUGCUCUACAACAAGAACUGAGUACGAAGGCGGGUCAUAGGAGGUAUAGGAUAACUCAUAUGUUUUCAGCAACUAUGCCUCCAGCAGUUGAAAAGCUCACGAAGAGAUAUUUAAGAGCGCCGGCAUUCAUAUCAAUUGGAGAUGUUGGAGGCGGAAAAACCUCAAUUACUCAGCGUCUAGACUUUGUACAAGAGUCUAAGAAGACAAGACAUCUUGAAGAAACUCUAGAGACACUUGAACCGCCCAUUAUCAUCUUCGUUAACCUCAAAAAGAACACCGACGUCAUCGCCAAACAUAUCACCAAAAUCGGUUACAGAGCGGUAUCGUUGCAUGGUGGGAAGACGCAAGAGUCGAGAGAGGACGCGUUGAAUAAUUUCAAGUCUGGCGUUUAUGAUAUUUUGGUGGCGACAGACGUUGUUGGUAGAGGCCUAGACGUUGAGGGAAUUAAAUGCGUGAUCAAUUAUGAUAUGCCCAAAGAUAUACAAACUUACACUCACAGAAUUGGACGUACGGGUCGUGCUGGGCUCAAGGGACUUUCAAUUUCAUUUGUCACCGACGCAGACGUUGAUCUUUUCUAUGACCUCAGACAACUUUUAAUCUCAACUGACAAUAUCGUACCACUCGAACUCAGCCAACACCCAGCCUCCAAAGUUAAACCAAACCAACCACACCGCAAUAUCACCAAAUAAAUUCUCACCAUAUUAUUAAUAUUUUACUAAUAUUACUAAUAUUUUAAUAUAUUAUUAUAUUAUAU